UGAUGAUUCACUCUCUGCGGCAGCUAUGAGUAACCAAUUCCAAAACACCUCUUCCCCAAUCUGGAGUGUUCAAGAAGGAGGGAAUUCCACGCCACCUCCAACAUUUGAGCUGGAGCCGGUGCCUGUCAGCGUGAAUCCCUGGGAUAUAGUAUUGUGUGUCACAGGGACCCUAAUGUCCUGUGAAAAUGCAAUCGUGAUUGCCUUAAUUAUUUACACGCCCACCCUGAAAGCGCCCAUGUUCGUGUUGAUAGGGAGCUUGGCUUUUGCGGACCUACUGGCAGGGCUUGGUUUGAUAGUGAAUUUCACCAUCACCUACAUAUUUGAUACGGGAUUCGCGACGCUGCUAUCAGCUGGACUGCUCAUCACUGCCUUUUCGGCCUCCGUUCUCAAUAUCCUGGCAAUCACUGUGGAUAGAUACCUGUCCCUCUACAACGCACUGACUUACCACACGGAAAGAACAGUGAUUUUUACCAUCGUCACACUGGUGCUCAUUUGGGUGACUAGCAUCACUCUGGGCGCGUUACCGAUCAUGGGUUGGAACUGCCUUAAGGAUGAGACUACUUGCAGUAUUUGCGCUCCCAUUGAUAAAAAUCACGCUGCAGCGCUGGCUGUGACUCUUCUUUUUGUAUUCGCACUCAUUUUGCAACUAUACCUCCAGAUUUGCAAGAUUGCUUUUCGUCACGCGCAGCAAAUCGCCGUGCAGCACCAGUUCAUGACUACCUCCCACUCCUCCUCCACCACUAAAGGGGUCUCCACCCUCUCCAUUAUACUUGGCACAUUUGCAUUGUGCUGGAUCCCCUUCGCCAUGUACUCUCUGGUGGCGGACAUCAGAUACCCCCCCAUCUAUACCUACGUCACCGCUCUCCCAGCCAUUUGUCACUCAAUGAUAAACCCCAUCAUUUAUGCUUUCAGAAAUCCCGAGAUACAGAAAUCUAUGAGACUGGCUUGUUGUUGUGGAUGUGCAUCUUCCAACUUCCCUCUGCGACCAAGGACGCCAAGUGUUGUCUAG